UUGCGAGCUGGGCGCGCAAAGCCCAAAUAUGCUCGCGUAUAGGCCGCGUUCUAAACCCGUUAUUUAUUUUCACAUUUGAGUACUUUACAAUAAGAUUCUGUGUCGACGAGAAAACCAAAUGCGAGUAGAAAUAUGACUACAGAAUUUGCCGCAUCACUGAGCUAUACGUUCAAAAUAAAAUAUCAUCCUGAGGAGUCAGUGAAGAGGAAAGACGAACAAGUGUCAGCUCUUAAGAAACGGGUGGAAGUUUUCCUGGAGAUGUUAAAAUUGGGCGAAAUAGAUAAGGUGUCUGUCGAUGCUGAUCAAGCUGAUGUAUUACUUCGCCUCUUGGAUGCAGUAGUUAUUAAACUGGAAGGGGGUACGGAGGAAGAUUUGCAGAUUUUGGAUGUUAAGCCACCCAAAUUGUUGAUGACUAAAGAUAUCUCAAAGGAGAAAGAAGAGAACAAGAAUAAACUUGUUGUAGAAAAGAAACAUGAGAAGAGUGAUGAAAAUAAAAUAGAUGAUAUACAGCAGAGUGAGAAAGGGUCGAAAGAUUGUGAGAACAUCAAUAUGGAAGUCGUCAAUUCGGGAAAAGACGAAAACGCAAUAUCUGAUUCUGCCAAAAUGAAGGAAAACGACGAAUAUAAAGACGUCGAAGAGGUUGCUAAUGACGACAAGUCACCAGAAAAAUCAGAAAUGACGAGGAAACGAAAACGUACCGAUAGCAAUAGUAGCAGCAGCAGUAGUACCAGUAGUAGUUCUUCUGGUAGUGACAGCAAUAAACCAGAUACACCAAAACCAGAAAUUCCUGUUAAUGAGAAAAUGGAAGCCAAUAAUGAAGAAGUCGAUGAAGGAAAUACUAAAGAGGAGGAUCAAGAAAGAAAGAUGGAAUUAGAAGCUACAGAUAGCAAAAAGGCGAUGAUUGAACCAGAAGCAGUGAUUGAUUUGGCCAGUGAAGAUAAAGAGAAGGAACCUAGAGCUUUGCACAAAACUAGUAGCAUUUUUCUUCGUAAUUUAGCGCCCACUAUUACCAAGGCAGAAGUCGAAGCGAUGUGUAAACGGUUUCCCGGAUUUUUACGCGUGGCUAUAGCAGAUCCACAACCGGAGAGGCGAUGGUUCCGUCGUGGUUGGGUUUCGUUCGAGAGGCAAGUGAACAUUAAGGAAAUUUGUUGGAGUUUAAAUAAUAUCCGACUUCGCGAUUGUGAAUUGGGCGCUAUAGUGAACAGAGACUUAUCUCGACGUAUUCGAUCAGUAAAUGGUUUAACCUCGCACAAACAGAUCGUUAGGCAUGAUAUUAAGUUGAGCGCUAAGAUUGUUCAUAAUUUAGACAACAAGGUGGGUUUAUGGAACGAAGAGAAGAAAAACGAAGGCGCGAAGCUAGAUGACGAUAAAGAAAACAAAACCGUCGAGAGUAAUCAUGAGAUGGAGCAAGCCGCUUUUGGAUUGUCGUCGAAAAAUCCAGUAUUGAAAAAUAUAACGGACUAUUUGAUAGAAGAAGCAUCAGCUGAAGAGGAAGAAUUGCUGGGCAUGUCGGGAGAUCAAGAAGAAGGUCAAUUGGGUGACGGAGAUAGCUCAAUUGAAAGAGAUCCUGUUUUAAUAAAGGUGUUGGACAGAUUAAUAUUAUAUCUGCGAGUCGUUCAUUCCGUCGACUAUUAUAAUCAUUGCGAAUAUCCAAACGAGGAUGAAAUGCCAAACAGAUGCGGCAUAAUGCACGUGAGAGGAUCUCCGCCUACCGCUAAGAUUGCAAGCGCCGAAUUAUCGGAAUAUUGUCGUAAUUUUGAAAGUAAGAUGUCUGCUUUUUUACAACCCGUUGCGACUUUAUCUACCGAAGAGUUCGAUAAAUUAGGUGCGAAGAAUGCCGAGGCUGAAGUUGAAAAAUUCGUACAAGCCAACACUCAAGAAUUAUCAAAGGAUAAGUGGUUGUGUCCUCUUAGCGGGAAGAAAUUCAAAGGGCCCGAUUUCAUUCGCAAACAUAUCUUUAACAAACAUUCUGAAAAAGUUGCUGAAGUUAAAGCAGAAGCUGAAUAUUUUAAUAAUUAUUUGAGAGAUCCGAAGAGACCUCAACUUCCUGAACACCCUGGCAACAAGACCCCAUUGAGAGAUGGACCGCGCGAGAGUUUCCCGCCAUAUGGUUGUAGCUCAUUUGGAAGUUACGGCGGUGGAUAUGGCGGUAGCAGAGGUGGUUAUGGUUCUAGCUACAGCGGUGGAUUUGGCGGUGGUUUCGGCAAUCCACGUCCCAAUCGAGGCGGUUUUAAUCGAGGCCGUGGCGGUAGUAGUGACUUUCGACCAGUCAUACAUUAUCGAGAUCUCGAUGCACCACGAGAACCGGACGAAUUCCUAUAAGAUGAUCAAGUGUGAGGAGUGGACUAGAGAACUAAGAACAAUAUGAGGAUAUAGUCAUUUUACUUAAAACUGUUUAGAAUUUAAACAUUAUUAGUGUGAAAAUAAUUACCAUAAGUACGCAAAUACAUAAUUGUGCACGAAAUAUAAUGAAAGCUGUUAUAUAUGUCUCACAUACCAAAUCGAUUUCGUAUAUUUCUGAACAAUAAUUAUAUUCAAAGAAAGUACGCAACUAUGCAUUAUGAAACAGUGAACUUUGCUUUUGUUUGUUGUAGUAAUAGAAUAUGUAUUGCGAUAUGUAUAAUUUACGGUAUUCUUAUAGAUAGAAAAAGGUUACAAACCUAGAUUACAUAAUUUCGUGUAAUUAUAACCAUGUAAUAAUGAUUAUGAAUAUAUGUAGUUGUAAUCAUUAUUUGCAAUGUAAUAUGUG